AUGCUGCAGAGAGCUGCGAGUAACGCGUAGUCAUGGUGGUGGGCGAGUCAUAUUCGUACCAAACAAUCUAAAUGGCUCGAACAAAACCUUCAAGAUAUUGAAGAGAAGGUGCAAUACGUGUUGAAGCUACUACAAGAAGACGGAGACUCAUUCGCCAAGCGCGCGAGACCAGAACUCAUAACCUUCGUCGAAGAAACUUUCAGAGGUUUAGGCGAGCGUUACGACCACAUCUCCACAGAGCUUCAAAACGCCAACACCACCAUCGCCUCUGUCUUCCCUGACCAAGUCCCAAACUUCGCAAUCCACGACGAUGGCGAUCCAAAAUUCGUUAAAAGACAGAUCCCUGACAAAGACUUGAAGGCUACCAAGAAGCUUCAGCCGAGGAAGUCCACAGGUGGUGCUACCAAAGUGGUCGUCAAGAUCUCUGGUUUGAGCAACUCCGAGGCUAAAGAAGAGAUUGACAAGCUGCAGACGGAGAUGGAGUUUGUGAAGAGCGUCAAGGAGAAGCAAGAGAGGAACUGCUGUUUGCAAGACGAGUUCGGGGAGGGGGUUUCGAUUUCGAUCGAAGACGAGGAAGCGAGGAGGCUGAUGACCGAGACAGCGAUCAAGUCGUGUAGGGAGAAGCUGGCGGAGCUGCGGGAGAGGCAGGAGAAGUCUUGCGGAGAAGCUGGAGAGGAGCGCGCGAAGAUUGAGGAGUCUAGAGAGAGGCUUAGGUCGAUGGCGAGUCGGCUUCAUGAGUUUCUGAAGAAACCAUCACUCUUAAGUAAAAGACCACAACAUGUUGUGGAAUCUACUGAAAAAGUAGAUUCUGAGAAGAAAGAGUCAGUGCUUCUUGAUAAUGUUUUGGAGAAGCAAACGUCUUCUAAAGAAUCUGAUAUCACUUUCAAUAGCGAACAGAAAGAAGGUGAACCGGACUGGAAAGAGAUGUUCACCAAGGGAAUGGAGAACAGAGAGAAGCAUUUGCUUACCGAGAACACAACCAUUCUAAGGAGCUACAAGGACGUGAAGAAAGAUUUGGACGAAACGAAAACAAACAACGCCACAAAAGACGACGAAGAGAAAAUGAGCCUCCUCCUGCUGCAGAAGGAUCUUUCUAAUACCAACGACUUGACUGAAACCGAUGACUAUUCAAUCCCAAACACCUGCGAGGAACAGUUCAGGCUGAACAUCAACGAGCUACUAGAGGAGAAUCUUGACUUCUGGCUACGUUUCAGCACGGCGUUCGGGCAGAUACAAAGCUACGACACGUCAAUAGAAGAUCUCCAAGGCGAGAUAUCGAAGCUGGACGGAAGCAUCACGGCUGUGAGAUCAGACGUUAGACCGCUUUACCUCCACUUACGGGAGAUAAACACAGACCUCGGCCUCUGGCUUGAGAAAAGCGCGGCGCUGAAAGAGGAGCUGAAAGCGAGGUUCGAGUCUCUAUGUAACAUUCAGGAAGAGAUCACUAAAGCACUGAAGUCGAGCGCCGAGGACGACGACUUCAGGUUCACGAGCUACCAGGCUGCAAAGUUUCAAGGAGAGGUGUUGAACAUGAAGCAGGAGAACAACAAGGUGGCUGACGAGCUGCAGGCGGGGCUGGAUCGCAUCACGGCGCUUCAGAUGGAGGUUGGCAGGAUUCUAGGGAAGGUGAACGACGAGUUUGAUCUUUCGGGUUCGAAGAAAGGAUCAGAUCCUGGUGGUCUCCGGCAUUCGGACAGUCGCUCGAGGGUGCCAUUGAGGUCGUUUAUAUUUGGCUCUAAGCAGAAGAGAGCUAAGCCGUCUAUAUUCUCGUGCAUGCAUCCCUCACUGUAUGGAAAGAUGAAGGCUUCUACAUAG